AGUGUAAAGAGGUAAAGUAGCGGCAUAAGUAGAAUCAGCCUUCUCCAUUUUGCCAAACACAGUAUAAAUUUGUGGCGUCUCUCUUGUUCUUUCCUGUGCCACAAAGCUGAUGAACAAAUUAUAUUCUCUCUCUCAUACUCUCUCUUCUCAUCAAACAAUUCUUUGAAAAAAUGGCGGAAAAUAAUUCACACUCACAGUUCCUUGCCAUUGCUGUCGAAGCAGCGAAGAUUGCUGGAGAUGUAAUUCGUAAAGGGUUUUAUCAAACUAAGCAUGUGGAGCACAAGGGCGAGGUGGAUUUGGUCACUGAAACUGAUAAGGCAUGUGAAGAUCUCAUAUUCAAUCAUCUCAAGAAGCAUUUCCCUCAGCAUAAGUUCAUUGGGGAAGAAACCACUGCUGCUCGUGGUGUUACAGAGCUAACUGAUGAACCGACAUGGAUAAUUGAUCCACUUGAUGGAACAACUAACUUUGUGCAUGGGUUCCCCUUUGUGUGUGUUUCUAUUGGUUUAACAAUUGGAAAGGUCCCCACAGUUGGUGUUGUCUACAACCCAAUUAUGGAUGAGCUUUUCACUGGUGUCCAUCGAAAAGGUGCUUUUCUGAAUGGAAACCCCAUAAAAGUGUCUUCUCAGUCCGAACUUGUGAAGUCCCUCCUUGUCACUGAGGCUGGAACACAACGUGAUAAGUUAACUCUGGAUGCCACUACAAAUAGAAUUAAUGGUUUACUUUUCAAGGUGAGAUCGCUUCGGAUGUGUGGCUCUUGUGCAUUGGACCUCUGUGGUGUUGCAUGUGGAAGGAUCGACCUAUUCUAUGAACUUGGGUUCGGUGGCCCUUGGGACGUGGCAGGUGGGGCUGUGAUUGUGACAGAAGCUGGAGGAGUUAUUUUUGAUCCUUCUGGUAAAGAAUUUGAUAUCAUGGCUCAGCGAGUCGCAGCUUCAAAUCCACUUCUCAAGGACAAAUUUGUGGAGGCAUUAAGACAAUCAGAAUGAAGUCCAUGGGAGCUGGAAGGAACAAGCAGCGGUCAUUCUGGCUCCGUCAAUUUGGUUUUCAGAGAUUCUGUUAGCCGAGAGUAUAUUAGGCAAUUCAAAUGAUUAUUCGUUGGCUUGCGAACAUAAGCAGUGCCAAAAUUAUUUGUAAUCUCACAAUUAAUCUGACAACUUUGUAUUGGGUUAUAGCAACACAAAUUUGCAGUACUUCACAAGUAUGAUUUUAUAUGAGGCUGCCUCCAAAGUCUUCAUAUUUCAAAUAGAAGUAUUUUCUUCUUGGAAAUAAUUAUUACUAUUCGACUA